CAGUGCUUUACAAUAUGAGUGUAGUCGUUUCGACGUUGGAUAUACUCGCUCAAGCUCUGACCCAUGGUUUUGUUCCAAUGACCAGACUGGCUUUGCUCAUUUUUGACGAGGGAUUAUGAAUGAUUUCUAUCACACAAUGCGACGAAAGAACCCAUCAUUAGUACCGCCAAUUCUCGGUCUCACCGCAAGCCCAGUGAUCAACAGCGAUCCAAAAGCUUUGCAAACAAUCGAGCAGAACUUGGAUUCUCACGUCACCAUUCCUAAGAUCCAUCAGACUGAAUUCUUGCAGCACGUGCAUCGACCUAAUUUGGAACCAGUAUUCUUUCAGGUCGACCUCUCAAUGCGAAAUAUUAGAAGUAAUGCCAUUAUGACAGCACUACAGGAAGCAUACCAAGGUUAUGAUCUCGCGAGUGAUCCGUAUAUCCAGGACUUGUAUGAAAGGAUGCGCUACGAUCCGACCGCCGAAUGCAAACUUACUGAACGUUACAUCGUGCGGUGUGUAGACCGGCUCAAAGACGCGGUUGAAAUGAACGAGGAGUCACAUAUGCUCGGCUGGUCCGGGCGAGAAAAGACUCAUCUGAUGGCAUUGCUUCGCAAAAUUGUAGCACUAGUAUCUUCUGGGUCUCCUGCUGAGGGUACAUCUGCUAAGGCUACUGCCCUGAUAAGCUAUCUCAAGAAAGCAUACCACAAGGACUUCAGGGGUCUUAUCUUCGCCGAAAGACGAGCUGUGGUGAAUGCUCUUGAAGAUGUGAUCGGAAAUGAUCUCGACCUAAAACAGUCUUUCCAGGUUGGGGCUUUCGUGGGUACUUCUUCAUCUCCGAGUCGAUCCGAGGACGUUGCAGAACUGGUUGAUAUCAAAGGUCAAGACCAAACCUUGAAGGACUUUCGAGAGGGUCGUAAAAACCUCAUAGUUACCACCAGUGUCCUUGAGGAAGGCAUUGAUGUCCCAAAUUGUAACGUCGUGAUAUGUUUCGAUGCGCCAACAAACCUGAAGAUGUAUGUGCAGCGCAGAGGCAGGGCCAGAAAAUUGGCCUCGAGUUUCGUGAUCAUGAUACCUCAAAAUGCAUCAGAGUCGUCUUCGGUGACAAAAUGGUCCACACUAGAGCAGAUCCUGAAAGACGAGUAUGCCGAUGAGUCGCGUCAGAUCAAGCCUAUGAACAGUACAGAGUUAAUCGACGAGGCUGAUGACUACAGCUUGUAUGUUGCCUCGACGCAAGCCUUACUUACUUCCGAUGGCGUAUUGCCUCAUCUUUUUCAUUUUUGCGCCACCCUGAGGACAAGUCCACAUACGGACCACCAACCUGAAUUUAAACUCGAUACAGAUAACGAAGGCUGUUUUUCGGCAGAGGUUACCCUUCCACUGGCUGUGGACGCCUCUCUCCGACGUCACAAGGGUAUUUCGAAGUGGAAAAAUGAGAAAGACGCGAGAAAGGAUGCUGCUUUUCAAGCCUACAAGGCCUUGCAUGAAGCCGGAUUGAUUGGCAGCAAUUUGUUGCCUUUGCAUGGUGAGGUUAAUGAAGCACCUAAAUGCGAUAUGAUAGGUGACCGCCCAGCCAUGGUACCAGUCAAUCCAAAGAUGGAUCCUUGGACCCUUCACGCGACGGCUAUAGGAGACCAGCGCUACACGUAUCGCAUCCGGUUCUCUAGUGCUAACCACAAUUGUGAGUUUGACGUGAUGACGACCAUGCCUUUACCUACAAUUCCACCAUACAAUCUAUAUUGGAACAAGUCGCUGGUAUACGAGGUCUCCUAUGAGCUCCAGAGGGACCAACCCAUGCAUAUAGAAGACGAUCUGGUCGAGUCGCUUCAAAAAGUCGCCUAUCAUCUCUUGUCGUCAAGUCUGGGUUCACACCGCUUAGUUUCCAACAAGUUCGACUUUGUCGUGCUUCUAUUACCCAACGUAGAGCUUAGUACUUCUGCAGUCGACGACUUUGUAGCGACCACAUCUGGGGCUCUACCAGCAACGAUCCUCGAGAAGCAUCCAAUCAUGGAUGGCCAUUCAAGUCGUCUUGGAUUGGUGCGGCGUCAUGGAGCCAGUGAACGAUUUGUACUCCAAAAAAUAUAUAAAAGAGGAGAUGAACAAUCACAAGGAUCCAAGGAAUAUGUUUUGAAGGUGAAUAAGUUUCCAAAGAGAAAAGACUUCCUCCACCAAGUGGAUGCCCGGGAAAAGCAAAAUUCAGCGUAUACAGCUGUAUUGGAACUUGAACUGGCGGACAGUGUCAUCGAAAUGUUGCCAGCAGAUCUUGUCACUGCUGUGACCUUUGCGCCUUGCGUCUUGCAUCGUCUAGAAGUUUACAUGGUGGCCCAAAAUCUUUCCGCUGGCAUAUUUGCUCAUGUUGGUUUCACUGAUGUGCAUCUCGUUUUGACAGCUUUGUGUGCCACGUCGGCUAGAGAGCAUGUAAACUAUCAGCGCAUGGAAUAUCUCGGUGAUGCCUUACUCAAGUUCGCCUCUUCGAUCCGCCUAAUGGCAAGAAAUCUUACCUGGCCAGAGAGCUAUCUCACAGCCGAGAAAGGACGCACCGUCUCAAAUGGAUACCUUGCCAAAGCAUCUCUGGAUGCUGGUCUCGAUCAAUACAUCAUCCGAACAGGAUUUACCGGUGUCAAGUGGCGACCGCAAUACUUAUCUGAUGUGCACGCUCGACAAUAUGAAAAACAAGAAGCCAAGCAGAAAGACAAUUUUUCUACUAAAACCUUGGCCGAUGUUGUUGAGUCCUUGAUAGGCGCAUCAUAUUUGUCUAGAGCGACCCCAGAAACAACUGGUAUUCCGCCCUCGCGUUUCAAACCGGUCGAAGAACUGUUAGGCCACACCUUUGAUCGAGUAUCUCUUCUUACUGAAGCCUUGACUCACCCAUCGUACUCACCACCGCACCAUGAGCGAAUAAGCUCCUACCAAAGACUCGAGUUCCUCGGCGAUGCCGUGAUCGACUACAUUAUCUCGACAAGAUUGUACGCACACAAUCCACCGCUGUCGCACGUUCUAAUGCAUACGUUCCGCACCGCACUUGUCAACGGAUACCUCCUCGCCUUUCUUAUGUUUGAGCUUAAGAUCUCCGAAGUGCGCUACGAUCUGCCAAAGACGGCAAAACGGAAGUGGGACUCCGUCACCGAACCUGGAAUCCAGGACUUCACCAGGUCGUUAUAUCAUUUCUUGCGUCACAACUCGCCAGACUUACUGCAAGCUCGGCAUGCAAUCCAUGCGCGUCAUAUAGGCCUUCGUGCAGCAAUUCUCGAGGCACUAUACAACGGCCAUGAAUAUCCUUGGGCGGAAUUGGAACAAGCCAGGGCCGAGAAGGUCUUCUCUGAUAUCGUUGAGAGCGCCAUAGGUGCCAUCCAUGAGGCUAGAGAGAAACCGUUCCCAACCUUGGUCGCGAUUAUUCUCCACCUGUCGUUUUCGUACUCCGACAUUGCCGUCCGAAGUUUCUGCACCUGCUUGUUCCACCCAGGUCAGUACUGGCACUGUGUGGCACAUAAAUGGUCUUGAUGUACGGAUAUGACGCUCCGCUCGUGCGAGCUGUCGAUAGAAUAGGCACGAGAGCUCCAGCUUGAAUCUCCUCAGACGUUAUCGGGUGCGUGUUGGAGGGUGACCAAUCCUUUUCCACGGCUUUUUCGGGGGGGGGGGGGGGGGGGGG